ACCCGCGGUGAGGCUGCCUGUCUCUCUGCAGCAGCAGUGACUGGGAAACAACUGUGUUUGGACUGUUUAUCUGACUAAACACAAUAGAACUCUGCAAUUCGGAUUUUUUGUUGCAGAUAAUAUUAAGCAGUGGUUCUUAGUCUGUGCUUGUUUUUGAGCUGAGAAACCGACACUUGCUGCGCGCGGCACUAAGAGAAGCAUUGGCUUUAAACAACUACUUUUGAUAUGUUGUUGUGUUAUAUAUGUAUAGAAAUGAGGGGAAUUAGAUGUUAGUGACUUUUCGGGAAGGAGGACGUUCUCUUGCACUUUUGUUUUUUCCCCCCUCUCUUGCACUCCAAGCGCACGCGCUCGUGGCGAACAAACUGAACCGCUUCUCUCGCGCUGCAGCUAUGAUCACGUUCUUUGCUGCGCUCCUGUGCGCUCGCGCGCUGGCUGCUGGAAAGCUGGCGCUCGCUGAUGGCCAGCCUCAGGGCGAGCGCUUCGUGUGCACCGCCGUGCCUGCGGGCGAAGACCUCAGCUGCCCGGUGGACACGGAUAACCGCGUGCAGAGCGCGAGCCCUCAGGAGGACGAGUUCAGGAGCACGAUCGUGCAGCUCCGGGAGACCGUGCUGCAGCAGAAGGAGACCAUCGCGAGUCAGCAGGGCACCAUCAAGGAACUCAACUCCAAACUUUCGCGCUGCGAGGCCGCGGCACACGACACGCGAGACAGCAAGUGGCGCGGAGGCGCGCGCAGGAAGGACUAUGGGAAGAACACUAUGGGCGAUCUGCCGCGCGACCCCGCGGAAACCAUCGAGCAGCUGGGCAAGACCAUGCAAGGGCUGAAGGACCGACUGGAAAACUUGGAGCAGCAGUUGCAUGCCAAUGCAUCUGGUGCGCCGUUCCCCAACGAACUGCGUGACCUGCUAAAGCGGCGGCUGGGGGACCUCGAGAGCCAAUUGCUGAGGAGGGUAGCUGAGCUUGAGGAGGAGAAGACUCAGCUAUACAACGAGACAAUCGCCCACCGGCAGCACACAGAGAACACGCUCAACUCGCUGCUGGAGAGGAUCACAGAGCUGGAGAGAAGCAACAGCGCAUUUAAAUCCCCAGAGGACUUCAAGGUUUCUCUGCCCUUGCGCACAAACUACCUCUAUGGCCGCAUCAAGAAGAGUCUACCAGAAAUGUAUGCCUUCACCGUGUGUAUGUGGCUCAAGUCCAGCGCUAGUCCUGGCAUUGGAACUCCGUUCUCAUAUGGAGUCCCUGGACAAGCCAAUGAAAUUGUGCUGAUAGAAUGGGGCAACAAUCCCAUCGAGCUACUUGUCAAUGACAAGGUGGCUCAGCUGCCUUUAUCAGUGGGCGACGGCCGAUGGCAUCACAUCUGCAUCACCUGGACGACCAGAGACGGCCUCUGGGAGGCCUAUCAGGAUGGCGAGAGGCUGGGCACUGGGGAGAACUUGGCCCCAUGGCACCCAAUUAAACCUGGAGGAGUGAUCAUACUGGGUCAAGAACAGGAUAUUGUUGGGGGAAGGUUUGAUGCCACGCAGGCUUUCGUAGGAGAGCUAAGCCACUUCAACAUGUGGGAUCGGGUUCUCCGCUCUACAGACAUCUCUGGCAUGGCCAACUGCUCAGCCUACAUGCCCGGUAAUGUCGUGCCCUGGAUAGACGCCAAUGUCGAGGUUUUCGGAGGAGCCACAAAAGCAGCACUGGAGAUAUGCGAGGACCGACUUUUUGACUCGUAAGAUUGACCCUGCUUAUAUGGAUCCAAUAUUAUUUUUUGGAGGUAAAACAAAACACCUCACCAUGCUGCUUUGGGACCAUUGUGGAGAGACAGUCAUUUUAUGAAACAGUAUUCACUGUGCUUAUAUCAUUCUCUCUGGUGGAUUUCUCCUCUUUUUUGCUGUUUCUUUUUUGUUGUCAGCAAGGUCAAUGAUUGAAGUAAUUGUGGCUUGUGAAAUAUAAAAAACAAAUUCAGAACAUUCCAGUUUAAAAAUAUUUGAACACGUGCAAGCAUAAGCUUCUUGUCAAUGUUAGAUAUGUUUUUGUGUUGCACACAGCUAAAAAAAAAAAAAAAAAAAAAUUAUGAAUUUAUUAUGAGCAGAGGAGUCACUGGAUUCUGGAGUACUGCUGUAUGAUCGAACUGCAUGAAGGUUUACAUUUAAGUUCAUUUUAAUGUCCUGUACUUGUAGAAACAAGCAUUUAAAGCACCUUCAUCAAACGGAGGGAACCUAAGACAGGGCUUGAGCAGAAGCACUCUGCUCUUUAUAUCAUGCAUGAAUGAAAAAUUCUCUUCAAAUAUGCAAAGCUGUCUACGCACCCAAAUGUGACAGAAUAUGAUCAAUCAGGAGCUUAGUGGAAGUGUGCAUACACUUUCUCGAGCAUUUUAUGGAUCCAGGAGGACAGAGAUGUGGAAGGAGGGAGAUAUUGAUGAACAGAAUCAGCACAUUAUGUUUAUGAAAUUGAAAGAAUGUUAACCAUUGAUUGUUUUGCAAAAUACUAGCUUUAUGAAUAAAAGGGUCACAGACACUUUUUAUACAUUUUUAUAAAUGGAUUUUUGUCAAGGAAGAUGAGUCUGACUUUAACCAGAAUAAUUGUGUAGCCCUUAAUUCUGUUUGUGGUCUUGGAAACUCCAGACCCUCUUUAAAAAGCUAUGAUGAUAAAUGUAAUAAUGCUUCGUCAGAUGGAAACCUAAUUAUGUCAGAAUUAACCAAAAACUUUGAUUUCUAUACUGAAAAUUACACUGAAAAUGAAAGUUUGGGUCUUAUAUUUGUAUUUAUGUUCAUUUAUAGCUCUUAUAACAUAUGAACCACGCUAUGUUGCAUUUGUAGGUCUAGCAGUUAUGUUUUAUGGUCAUUUACAGAUCUCAUCACCUCUGUGAACCUCCAUAUGCACUUCUAAUUUGCAGCAAUUAAGAGGAUUAAGGCACUGAUUAUUUUCUGUCUACUGGGGUUUCAUUAGGUGCAAAGAAAGAAAACUAGAUGAAAAUAGAGAGUUGAUUUGUAAAUUCUUGUUAUUAUUUUAUUAUUUUAUUAUAUUAUGAAAUAGUAAUGCACUGGGGUCUCUGUUUACCCCCACACAAUGAGCAAGCAAGAGAAAUCUCAACUGAACAUGAAUGAUAGUCUACUAGAGGAGAUGGAUGUGGAUUUAAAACACUUGUUUAAUGAUGUACAAAGCACUGGAAAAAAAUGAAUAAGCUUUUCUGUGGUGAUAUAAAAGAAGUAUUGAUGGAUUUUAAUGAAAUAGAGGUUGCUUGCGUUCUCUUCAUUUACGACUACAGAAAGGUUGAAUGCAUUAUCCUCUCAAAAGCUGAAAGAGGACCAUGCAUUAUUUUUGUACAGAGUCCAUUAACGCUUGCUAGUUUUAGAGUAUUUAUUGAACUGUACAGUGAUGUUUCAAUAAAGCUGUGCAAUAGC